GUUGGCCCGUGCACACAACUUCGCGUGAGCCGACGACAUCGCGAACACUUGCCGGAACGCAUUGCCUGCCACAUUGAACUUCAAGCUCAACCACAGCCCAACAUGGCGUCUGGCUACGGCUUGAAUGGAGGCCCGUCCCGCUGCUUCCCCUUCUGGCAGGAGCUGCUCUCAUGCUACGUGGUCAACAGCUCCGACGAUGACGACUCCGGCAAGAAGAAGUGCGUCCCAGCCAUGGAGGAUUACUACGAAUGCCUGCAUCACCGGAAGGAGGCUGCGAGGGUGAAGGUGCUUCAGGCUGCGUAUAGACAGGCCGAGGCCAAGAAGCUGCAAGAAAACCCUCCAACCGCCGGCCAAAUACGGAACCUCGGCCUGUUAGACAAGGAGGACGACACAAAGAAGGUGCUGGGAACGAGCUGAGGGCGACGC